CAUGCUGAGUUGUCCUCUACUCGAGCCUUCGAACCUCUCUUACCACAGAGGUGGCAUUACUGCGAAUGGGAAUUAAUAUGACGCUGCAAGCGGUACUGAAAAGUGAAGAGUAUAGGAGGACCAUGUCAUUUUUGCCAUUCAAUCAAAGGCUCUAAAUCCACAGGACCCGCUACAGAGUAGCGGGAAAAACAACAGGGGGAGGAUUAGGGUAUUAGAGGAUCUCUUGCCAUAGGGUUUUCGCGUCGCAAAGAUUGACAUUGUCUCAAACACCAUCUGUAACCUUUCGCCCCCCCAGAGACGAAUCAUAUCCAAAUCGCCCUCUAUGAGCUCUCCAGCUACCACACCUAACGAUGAAUUGAUAUUCUACUGUCCACAUCCUAACCUUACUGUUCGCGACGUAUUGGUCAUCACUGAAAAUCCAUACUCACAGAGAAUUGCUCAUCUGUGGAACCUGGCCAAGGCAUUGAAUCCUCGUUUCGGUGAUGUUUACAGAGCAUCCUGCAUAUUCUACCUCCCGUCCGACUUGCCUAUCGAGCCAGCCGACACCUUGUUCUCUCGCAGCCGAGAUUGGCUCCGGCAGCACCGUGAGGAUGGCCGAAGGGCCUGCAUCAGCCAAUUUGCCCGCAAUGCCUUCCUUGCUGUGCCACCUCCUGACGGGGUUCAUAUUCUUGUCGUCAACGAAGAAAUUCUUGAGGGCCUGGAUGAUCUGGGGGACCUCGGUGCCCUAGCGCUUAAACAACGCACAAAGGGCAUCAAAUCAUUCCGGGAUUCGCUCCCUUCACCAUUAUCCGGUGUCUCUUCCUUCGAGGGCGUGGAGCGGGUCGUCAGCGCCAAAAACAACUUUCAUGCCGGGCGACCUGCGGGAAAUUUCGGCCCCCCUGUUUCUUUAUUCAAUCAUGCUUUGGGCCUGUUUGACUAUCACCUGCGCCAUCUAGACGAUGAAUCCUCCACUGUCCAUCCUCCUCCAGCCCUCAUUGAACUGGCACAUCAGUUCAUGGUUGCUGCUGCGAAUAGCUACCCCACCGAGUUCACGCGUGUGGCAGUUAUCAAAGACAUUCUCAGCCGGAUCGUCGCUGUGCCACUAAACUGGGAGGUCUCGCAAGCUCAGUUCGGCAUUUGGCCGAAUGCUAUCAAUUUGGACGACACACCUUUCUUCGUGGUGGAGGUGACGAACGAGGCUGGUCUAGAAGGAGAUGCCUCUCUACAGGCAGCGCUGUCGUAUGCGCAUAUUGCAUCAUCACCUUUGGACAAGGAUUCAUCGAAGCCUUCGAACUAUCCUGCCGUUCUCUCGAACUGCCCCGCUGUUCUUUGCGGUAUCAUGGGUAACCUUCUUGAAAUCGGGGUUGCGACGUACACAGAUGGGCCAUACUACAAUCUUCUGUUUUCUGAGCGGUUAUGCCUAGGCUUCUACGCUGCGAAAAAUCUCCUCCGUCUCGCUCGAGCUUUCACCGCCACUCGACAUGUCGUCGCCGACCUCAGGCAAUUCUACACCGCCGCCCUGCCAAUCCCAGGCAACAUCGCACAUUUGUUCCCCUCGCCUCUACCGGUCCCUACCUACACCGGUUUUGUGCCAACCUUGACCUUCACGCGCCGAGUCUCACGAUCGGGCGAGACUGUCGUGUUGGCAGAGGAUGAGGCAACGCGGCAGUCGGGCAUUUACCUUGCCACCAUGACCAAACCUCGCAACAUCGAUGAGGAUACGGUGGUGUCUUCGUCUGUGGACGACACAUCUGAAGUGGUUGUGAAGUUUACCGCGCAAUACCAUCCUGAAGCGCACUGCCUGCUCGCAAAAGCGGGCCUUGCACCAGCGCUGCACGCGUGUGUGCCAGUAUGUGGUGGCUUGUUCAUGGUCGUGAUGGACCGUGUCCAUGGAGAGAUUGCUUGGAAAGCAGUCCAACGAGGAGGGCUCCUUCCCUAUGAGAUCUACAAGGAUAUCGAAAAUGCCGUCGCGCUGCUUCACUCUAACGACCUCGUUUUCGGUGAUCUCCGCACUCCGAACAUCAUAGUUGUCCCUGGUGGAUCUGGCUCGGACGCCCGACGUCGCGGCAUGCUCAUUGACUUUGACUGGGUUGGGGUUCAUGAGAUUGGGAGAUACCCUGCUUCCUUGGACAAUUGUCUGCCGGACUGGGUGUCAGGUAUUAAGCGAUAUGGGAUCAUGGACAAGGCUCAUGAUCUCGCGAUGUUAACCAAGUUCAAGCGCUGGUGCCAUUCAGUUUAGUUUCAGACUUCACGGACUAAACUUCUUGCGCACGGACAUUUCCCUAAAGGAUUGCCCGAUGCUUCCGUUUUUGG